AUGGGUGGACACGGACAUGAAGCUCCAUACAAAGUGCCCAGCUACCAGGAGUUCACCAUCAAGGGUAUCCCUCAACUAGAAGAACUUGAGAAAGCACUAGAAAAAAAAGGCCUCCGUGAUCCAUGGAUCAGGAAUGAAGCGUGGCGCUACCACCCCGGGUUCGGCACGAAGUGGGCUCGCGCGCGCGCCGUGUUCUUCCGCGGCGCGCCGCUCGGGCUGGGGCUGGCCCUGCUCACUGUCGCCGCCACCAAGGCGCUCGGCGGCAAGGACGACCACCACCACCACUGA